CAUGAUGCUUGUACAGUACAUUGUUAUUGUUGUUGGUUGCGCUCUGUUGAUGUUUUGAGACGGUUUUUGCAGUGAGGACAUUUUCUUUCUUUCCUUCCUGCUGUGGAGGAAGACUGAAUAAAACCUUUGAUCUUUUAAAGCUCAGAGCUUUGUUUCACUCUCGCCGACAUGUCGGAAAGCUCCAGUGACACCGAGUCGUCAUGCGGCUGGACUGUUAUCAGCAACGAGGGCUCGGACAUCGAGACUCUGGGACCCGACCUCGUGGUGGAUUACGACCCAGAAGAUUCAGUCGGAGCUUCUGCCCCGGAACAUCCAGCUUCUUCACGAGAAGAGGAUGCGGAGGAGGCGGAACAAUCGUGUUUGGACGUCACGAUUAAAGAGGACGAAUCGGCGCAGGAAGCCGAGCCUGGACGUCAGGCAAGAAAGGAGGUGGGGCUGGAGGACCCUGUGAAUCUUUGCUCCUCCAGCGAUCACUCUGACAUCGUCACCCUUGGCGACUGCAGGGAGGCGGAGCUCGGGGUGUGGGAGGAGCCUGUCGUUAGGGAAGACCAGGACAAGGGAAACGAGGAGCUGUACAUGGGGACGUCAUCAAGCAGCCAGUACACGUUUAGUGCUGUAGAGACCAUUUUCCCAGCAGACCACAGCGCACGCAGAAGCUCCAGCAGCACCAGCAGCGAGGGUGAGGACGACGAGACGAAGGUCGGGACGGGGCCGGCGACGGUUCGGAAGCGCAGGCUGAGGAGGAACACGACAGGCUCGGACCCAGAGGAGCAGAAUGAGAAAGAGGAGGAUGGAGAUGAUGGUCAUGAGGAGGUGGAGGAGGCUGAGGAGCAGAGAGAAGCUCGCAUCCAACAACAGCAGCAGAAAAGCAGAACCAUGAAUACGUGCUUCUUGCUUGCCCUCGUCAUCGCUGCCAGCAUGGGCUUCAGCCAUUACUACAGCACGGUGCAGAUCUGGGAGAGGCAGCAUAAAGCCCCGGAAUUUAUCUGCGGUGGUGAUCUGAUGUAUGAUUUAGAGGAGAAUCAAGAUAGUGUGAUGGGCUUUAUGGACGAGAUUACCAACGAGAAUCAGCAUCUCCGAGCCAGAGAAGCAGAACUGAAGACUCAAAGGCAAGAUUUAUACACACAACUUCAGCAGGCCAAGAGUGAGAUGGAUUCUCGUCAGAAGCACUUUGCCUCAGAGAACCGGGCGCUGAAGAACACUCUGGAACGAGAGGAAGCAUCUCUCUUGGCCCUCAAGGACAAGCUCGGACAUCUCCAGGCUCAGAUCCGAGAGCUCGAGGAGAAAGGAGCUGGCGCUGACUUAAUCCUCUCUGAGAACCAGCGCCUGAAGGACCAGCUCCUGGAGGAGAAGCAGAAGAUCCAGAGCUACCUCAGCCAAAAGGAGGCACUGAUGGCAGAGGCUCAGCUGCUUCGGAAAGAGCUUGAUAAUGAGAGGAAAGUGACCGUUAAGCUGAGGGAGGAGCUGGAAGAGCUGAGCCAGAGAGAUACUGGGAUGCAAGGGGAAGAUGAGAUUGAUACCGAAACUGAGGGACUCCAGGCUCGGCUUCGGGAACUGGAGAAGAAGCUGAGCUUUGAGCAGCAGCGGUCUGAUCUGUGGGAGCGACUCUACGUGGAAUCGAAGGAUGACCGAGCCAAAGGGGACACUCAAGCAAAGACCAGGAAGUCCAAAGAAGGCAUGAUCGGGAAGGUCAAGGAGACGUUUGAUGCAGUGAAGAACUCGACCAAGGAGUUCGUUCAUCACCACAAAGAGCAGCUCAAGAAAGCCCAGGAAGCCGUCAAGGAGAACCUUAGGAAGUUUUCAGACUCCGUCAAAUCAACGUUUAGGCAUUUAAAGGACUCCACGUCAAACGUCUUUGAGAAAAUCCGAAGGCCACAGGACAGAAGGUUCAACGAGAAGAAGGACCCGAAAUCAGAGGAGCAAGCAUUUCAGCAGGAGAGUUUUAAAGGACAGCAGGACAAACGUUCAGAAGAAGAACACUGGCAACACCACCGGCCCCUGCACAAACAUUCUCGUAAAUCUACACUGGACUCCUCCUUCCACGCAGACUGCAACACACGCAAACCAGGUGCCCCGAAGCAGCAAAGAACUAUGGGAUGUAAAUCUGUGCCUACGGGAUGCACCGGCGUGUUUGACUGCGCCUACCGAGAAUCCAUGAGCCUCUUCAACAAGGCCAUGGAGCCCAUAAGAGCAGACGAGUUCCAACAGCUCCUCCGCAGCUACCUGCAGCAGGAAGUGGUUCAUUUCCGUCACUGGAGGGAGCUCGACAACUUUAUCAGCCGUUUCUUCCAGAACGGAUUCUUUAUUCACGAUCAGAUGCUGUUCACGGACUUUGUGAGCGGAGUAGAAGACUACCUAGUGGAAAUGAACGAGUACCAGGAUGAGAACGAGGAUGUUUUCGAGGAUCUGGAUGAUUACAUAUACAAGUACUUCUUCGGCGUGACUAACUCUGACCAGAACGGUCAUAAUGGCCCGAGUCGACCGUUUGAAGGCCUGGGGUCAAAAUUCCAAUCGGAGCGGGAGUGCCAACAAAAACAUCAGCAUCAUCAGCGAAAGCACCAGCAUUCGCGCUCGCUGCCUUCCCGAGACAGGAAGUGGGCUCGGUCAGGGCGCAGCUCUGACAGACACUUCGCAGAGGUCAAAAUAGAGCUCGGGCCCAUGCCGUUCGACCCGAAAUACUAGCAAACGUUUUCCAUUGUUAGUUGUUUCUACUCUAGCUUUUAGAUUUAAAAAUAAAAGCAGCUGUUAUUGCAAAAAUGUUUGGAAUCUCGUGCGUUCGGGUCACGUGACAACAACGUGACCCGAACGCACCGUACGACUAACGAACCCAUCGCUCACCUCUGCCGCCUCUCCAAAAAAAUGUUGUGAUUUUGCACAAAGCUAAGCGCUUUAAACGUUGUCUGUUUGCACGUGUACGCUAAUCUGCGGCUAGGUUUCAGCGGAGUCGGUAAGCGAGCACAGACGUGACUUAGCGAACACUUCUUUAGCUCUACAUAGACAAUGAAACCAAACCCUUGAGAAUGCACUUAAACCCAAAUUUAAGCACUGUGCGUUAAGUUAAAUUAUUUGUAAUAAAUAGACUAAUUUUAACAAUUUGCAUAACUUGUAACGAAUCCUGUGUAGGACCAAAUCGUCGUGCGAUCUACUGAGCUUUCAGCUGAAGUACUGCGAAGAAUUGUGGAUCCAGUGUGUAGCUUGGUGUUCAUUAAUUACUCUACUAACUGCUGUUAAACGUUAGCACUCGAUCGUGUCGACGCGGAGCAGAAUGUUUAUUUCCAUCCUGGGUGUGUCGUGUUUCUCCUUUUGUUGUCAGGUCAUGCUGGAUAGGUUACAUUCCAGUCGCAACUUUUUUUUUUUUUUUUUAAUUGUCCAAAGAGUAUUUAAUUUUGUUUGCUGUUUUGCAUAACUCAAAAAAAAAAAAAAAAGUUUUACGACAUAAAAAUGUCAUUUUGCUUGAAGUUUUCCGUCUUCCUUCUGGAAUGUACCGCAAUAAUCUGAAGCAGAAAUAAUAAAAUAUGCUUAAACAAGAA